CUCACUCAACCUUUUCGAUGCAUCUCCCCUUCAUACUGGCACCUUGCUACAAGCAUAACCAAAGAUUCAAACAAGCACAAUCUACAAAAACUCCGUCAUCGAGACAUUCAGGAUGAAUGAGCCGUUCAGGGAGAAAGAAGUUUCAUCAUGCUCCCUUGGACGCCUUCACAUCUUGUUGGUUUCACUUACCUUGUCAUUCUCUUUCAUCUCUUGAACUCAGAUUUCCCUCUGGCCCUCUUGACUUUCUCCCUCUCUGUUUGUCCUCAACGGAUAAUCCCUCUCGAUCCGCUUCGGUCGGGUCAGCGCUUGCUGUCUCUUCAGCCUCCGCUGUUGAUUCUUCUUUGCGUCGCAGCCCAUAAUUUGAUCGAAAGCAGCGAUGAGUCGCACAACAAGUAUUAUCUCGAGCCGUGUGGUCUAUUCGCUUUGCAUAUAAGCGGAACGGGGUACAUAAGUAGGUUGGCAGGUAUAUCGAAGUGACAUAUGAUUAUGAAGAGGUUCGAAGUGCAACGGC